UGCUUUUGAUCGCCGUAUUAAUAUUAAAACGCCGAUUUCUUAACGCCGCCAGGCGUUAAAUAAGCGCCGCCUUCACAUACCGUCUCCGCUGACAGACAGCACAUCCCCCUUUUGUCAAGAUCGUAAGUGGGUGUAGGGACUUUUCAAGAGUUGAGGUGUCUGUAACGUUAAAUAUUUGUGAUCUUAUUGAAUCGUUGCAUUUUCUAAUACAUGAAUUAACUUACGUGCGAGGUUUUGUCCAUCACACAAGACAUCAAUACUUUAGCUCUCUUUGAGCUCACAGACCGACCGCAAACUGCUUCUGCCAUACAAGAACAAACAGGUGUGCAGGGGAUGUUUGAGAGAGCGACAAAGCAGCUGGUCCGACAGAUCGAUCCUAAUGGUGUUCUGAUUGCACCCAGUCUGAACGAUUCAAAGAAACUCAAGCUGCUUGCUGUGGUAUUGAAGAAGCCGAAGGUGUGGUUCUGGCAGAAAGCUAAAUACAGACCCACGGCCUUCACGCUGAAUGACCUGCUGGAAAAGGGCGAAAUAAAUCCUGUGCGGGAUGAGAAAGAGUUUCUGAAAUAUGAAGCAACAUACAAAAGUGCCGCAAGUGGAUCAGUGGAGGUGGGAAAUGAAACUGUCAGUCUAAAUGUGACUGGAAGGGGCAGGUCUAAACUGAGCUUGUCUCUCGGGACACUGAAAAAGGAAGACAUGAAUAUUCCAAAACUUCUAAACGAGUCCAAAAACAAGAAGGUGGAUCUCACACACUCUUUGAUUCAGCAAUCAUCGAAAAUGAAAAGGAUCUUUACCCUCCUUAAAGAGCGAAUCUUUACUACCUGUGAGUGUUCCAUCUCUUACACCGGACUGCAGCAGGGCAGCUGUUACUCUGCUUUUGGAAAAUAUUCAGAGAUGGCGUUAAUGAAAGAGAGUGGUGAAUUACGUUAUGACUCAGACGUUGCCUUAAACAUCCCACCAGGCACUGUAAUGGCAUACAGUGUCAUUGAAAUGAGCAUCAGCAAUGAUGGCUACUUUGAAUUGCGUGUUGAACCUGAUGGAAUUGAGGCAGAUGACACAUCCAAGAAUCCAGGUUCUUCCGAGGUGGAUGGACCUUGGGCACUACAAGAGAUCCAAAAAGUGUCCUCACUUAGUUCCCUAGAAAGAGCACUUUCAGAUGUUCAGACUAGGUUUUGUGUGCUGACUGAUCUGACUUCUGAGUGCCGCUCCACCUUACUGCUUCAUUUGAGGGAAAUUCUAUUGGACCGACCCUCCCUGUCAGUGUUGGUGGAUAGGCUCGAGGUUCUAAACAGCGGUGAAGCUCCAUUACUCCAAAACGAGUUAUUGGACAACAAGAGCCAUUUUAUUAGUGAAGUUUUAGACUUACUGAAGUCUGAACCACACAACCAGAGUGGGAAAACCGCAGCAUCGGUGCCCAAUCAGAACGGAUCUCAAAUAUCAACAGCCAAUCACAGCGCUUCUGCAUCUGAGUUGAAUGGAUCCUCCCCCAGAGCAGAAAAACAGAAUGGCUGUCACACAGAUGUGUCCCAUCAGAAUGGAUGCUCAACGAAAUCAAGCAAGCAGAACAAACAAAUCCUGAUGGCAAUGCAUAUGCUGCUCAGUGCCGUUGAGGAGUUGACAGAUGCUGGAUUACAACUGUUGGAAAGUUUCUGCACCUCUGAGGGCCUUAGAAGCCUGCAAGACUUAGUAAAUCUUCUGAUGGCAAACUCCGAGCCACUCUCAAAAGACGCAAUCCCUGUUUUCUUACAGAAAGACGACGAAUUCCACAGAGUGGUCGACCUUUUUAAAUCAUGUGAUGUUUUAGUAAAGAGAGAAGAUGAUCUAAUGUUUGCAGACAUUACAUGUGAAAAGGGUUUCCUACCGUUUGUUCUGUGUAUUGCCAUCAGUGGUCUUGCAUGCCUCAUUGACAGUAACAAUGAGAGUACUGGUGUGUUCUCAGAAUGACUAAAAUGUUAAUAAUAGACAUUUUCUUGCUCAUGUAGCCCUUUGCACUCAUGUGAUCUUUUUUAAUUUCAGAAUGGUAAUUUAAAAGUUGUUUUUAGAUGUUGUGCCUUCAGUCAUCUAUAUUUACAUAUACAUAUCAUUAUAUAUUUAUUUUAUUUUACAAAUCAAAUAUGUACAUAUUAUACAUUUUUCCAAAAUAGUCAUGUACAAACAUACAAAAAUAUGCUACAUAAGAAAAUGUACGUUUUACAUAUUCUGUUUUUUUAUGAUUUUUGUUACUUACCAAGAAAAUUUGUGUACCAAGAAAAUAAGUUUACAUUACCUUAAAGACAAGCUUUGUUCUACCGAGUGCUCUCUGAAAACAUAAAUAGUAUAUCAAGUUUUAAUGAUCUUUGUUUUUCAAUAUUGAUAGUUUGUAUUAUAUUCUUUGUAUCUUCUGAUAUUUUAUCUUAAAUCCAGAUGUAUGUAAAGCUUUGUGACAUUACACAUAAUUUGAAGGUCACAAAUUUAAAUGAUGUAUUUUAUAUUAGUUUUAGAGGUCGAUGGCCGAUUUUUGGUAUCUUUUCAUUAAUCGGCAUCGGCCGAUUGUGCCGCAAAUUAGGCCAGUUAACAGGCAGGUGCAUCUGUGAGCAGCUGCAUAACAGUGUGAUGUCCCUCUGCCUGCUAACUUUUUAACUACCUAAUAUAACUUCACAAGAAAACAGUAAAACUUAAAUUAUUAUUAUCCUUCGAUCUUAAUCUAGCCUUGUAUAUUUCAUUGAUUAAAUAUGAUGCUACUUGAGAAUGCGAGUAACUUUUUGGAACUAUUGUUAGCGAGCCUUCAACUAUGGAGACUGAUCUGUCUCCAUAUUCAACCACAUAGUUUAGGCUACAUGUAUGCACGGGUACCAAAACCUGGUGACGAGCCCAGCGGCUAAAUUAUUACAGUUGUCCGCAUUGUAUAGCUAGAGAAACUCCGACGUCAUCAAUACCGUUUCUGUACCGGAGAAUUUCUCUCCCUCUGAGGCUGCGUGUGAGACGGAGCACCUCGCACUCAGCAGACAUGCCUUGUUAAAAUACUAAACUUCUGGCUAAAACGUGCACGUUAACUUUCCUGCUUAAAUGUGUCUGUGGCGGGUAGGACUCUGUUUAUACUUGGUAUUAAGAUGCGUUUUGGUCGAUCUUUCAAAUGGAGGAAAUAAGUGCACACAAUUUACAAAUGAACGCAUUCGUCCACAAGAGCGUCUACUUUCCUGUCAGGCUAGAAAAAAGCGAAAUAUAACUAAAAACGCAGUUAUGAGCAGCAGGCUGUGUAAUAUGAGUGAUUUUUUUAUUUUAGUUUUAACUUAGAUUAUGACCAUAUGACUAACAACAGUGUCUGCCAACAAACAUAAACAAAAAGCAUGCUUCAGAACAGUUUGAGAAGAUGAUUAAAAGUUUUGAGCAAUGUAUUAUUACUAUGAAUUAGACAGCUAUCUUGUACCCUGCAAUAAACACUUCUCAAUCUUUCUCAAAGUGCACUGAUUUGAAAAGACAUGUCUUCAAUAAAUGUUUAAUUUAAGCAAUAUUCUGUAUCACUUCUUAUUGCUUAAUAAGAUUUAAUGAGAUGAAGGUGGAAAAAAGACAAUCGGCCAUCAGCUGGCUUGAUUUCUAAAAAUCGGCAUCAGAGAAAACCCCAUAUAGGUUGACUUCUUAAUUUGUAUUAAUGCACUAUAGAACACACCGAUUUAUAUUAUGCAAAUAUGUGCAAUAUUACUUCUGCACUAUAUGUAAAAUUGUAUGCAGAUAUUUUCAAUAAAAUCCGUAUUACUUUAUUCUUUUUUUAAAACCUUUAGAUUAAUAAUUAAAUAAAAAAGGAACAAUGACUAACAUUGUUCGUUUAUUGCCGUGUUGUAGAAGUUGACACAGAGACAAUGACACAGAUACUUUAACAGAAACUUUGGCAGGUCAUGUGAUUUUGAGACACAAGAACAAAGAAACAAGAAGGUUGCUCAGAAAAGGUGACUGAAAUCAACAGGGCAGUUUGUUCGGUCUCACACACACAAAAAAACAUUGACACAAUGUGCACAACAUAGACACCAAAUCUGUAAAUGCAAAAUUUAAAACAAGCUACUGUACAUAUAAAACAACCUACACAUUUAUAUGAAUGACUGUGGAACAAGGGUUAAGAGAUAAGGGUGUUUGUAAACAGUUGUUCGGUUCUUUUCUAGAAUGUUCAAUAUGAGCCCUUGGCGUGCUACACACUGCCAGGUUAGUCUUUCAUUUGAGUAUACAUCAAAACAUCACAGUUACUGUAGGUGCUACAAAAACAAAAUGCACACACAAAAAAAAUAAAAAUAUGGCCUCGGAUUCAUCAAGGCCAGUUCUAGUUUUUCUUAUUUCUUAUUUCUCCCACGAUGUUCCAAAUAGUAAGAUAAUUCUUUAAAAACGUACAAAUACUAAAUAAAUAAGUACUCUUCCCUUUAAGCUUCAGUAAAAAAUGUUGCAUUGUGUGCACAAAAGAGGUUAGGGCUAAUGUUGUGGGCGCUUGUUUGGUUGGUCAGUCCAAACUUGCAACUUCACGUCAGCCCGCAUCCAUCCUGGAUAUCACACACAUACCCUGGAAAACACACACGCUUGCAUACAUACGCACUCAAACGUGCUUGUCAAUGUGCCCUCAGUAGACCCAGCUCACGGGAACCCACUGCGGUUCAGAGCAGAGUUUGUCCACAGCCGACUGCAAUUUUUCAAACGCACAGUCUAAGUUGUCAUUGACGAUAAUGAGGUCGAAGUAGUGUCUAUACGCCCGGAGAAUGCGAGCGCUCUCAUCUACAGUCUUCUUCAGGUC